AUGGCUACAACAAAUGGAACAAACGGCAACAUGCCGCAAAAGACUCGCGAGGAGAGUAACCAUCACAUGGAGUCCUCUAUCUGGAACGAUUUCAAGUUUAGGUCUGAUGAUAUCAUCAUCACUACCUACGCCAAGUCUGGCACGACGUGGAUGCAACAGAUUGUAUCCCAGCUCAUCCAUCAAGGUGAUCCCACUGUACCAGCAGGUGCCGUCUCACCCUGGGUCGACAUGCGUAUCGUCCCCAAAGAGGCCAUGCUCGCACUGGUCGAGUCCCAAACUCACCGCCGCUUCCUCAAGACACAUCUCCCUCUUGAUGCUCUCGUCUGGAGUCCCCAAGCCAAGUAUAUCUUCAUCGGACGCGACGGUCGCGAUAUGGUUUGGAGUAUCCAUCAUCAUAUGUAUCACGCCACAGAUACCUUCUACAGCUUCUUCGAGAACACGGGCUAUGAGGGUCAACUUCCUGUGCGACCAAGCGAGAACCCUAAAGACAUUUUUGAUGAGCUUGUCAAGAACGAUAUGCCAAAUACCCUUGGCUGGCCGUUCUGGAGUCAUAUCCGUGGAGGGUGGGAGCAUCGCGAUCAGCCGAAUCUUCUUCUUGUUCACUUCAAUGAUCUCAAGGCGGAUCUUGAGGGGGGAAUCAAGCGGAUUGCUAAAUUCUUGGAGAUUCCUGAUAUGCCGGAGGACAAGUUUAAAGAUGUUGUUGAGCAUUCUACUUUUGAUUGGAUGAAGGAGCAUGCGGAGUUGGCGGCGCCGCCUCAAGCUGAGGUUGCUUGGGCAAAUGGCGCGAAGGACUUUGUAUACAAAGGAACAAACUCGAGAUGGAAGGAUGUGCUUUCCGAUGAGGAUUGCAUGGCGUAUGAGGACAGGGCGAGGAAGGAGCUAGGUGAGGAGUGCGCGAACUGGCUGCAGCACGGAGGUUGGCUGAAGUAG